UUUUUUUUUUUUUUACUUUAAAUUCUGCACUUCUUUUUUCAUUUAUCUCUCUUUUACUUUUUUUUUAAAUCAAAUAUGAAACUUUUAUUGAUCACAGUCUUAUUAUUUAUCACUCAAGUAUAUGGAUACCUUGGCGAACGCUAUUCACCAUUCACUGUAUCUGUAGACAAGCAUCAAGUGCGACGUGGCGAUACGGUUCAAAUCAGCUGGACGUUAACACCAGGCGUUCAAUUUCCAUUAUACGGUUACGCUUCUGCUAAAACUUCAAAAACAGAUGUUGGUUUAUUAGCACCUAAAUCUUCACGUACAGAACAUUAUUUAUACCUUAUCGACAGUGAUCUUUCAGUACGAGAUGCUAGUUAUACAUGGACCGUUGAUGAUGAUACCCCCACAGGCAAAUACGAAAUUGGCAUUGGAUUCUUUUAUCAUGAAGUGUCUCCGGAAAUCCACGUCAUUGAGUAAAAAAGAAAUCUUGUGGUUAAAAGCAACAACAACAAAAAACACUGUAAAUUAUUAUAUCCCCCCAUCUUCCCCCUUAAUUUUUCGUUAUCUCUUGUUUUAUUCUGAAACAUCUUGUUUAUACAUAUACACCCUUUUUUUAAUUGAUAUUGUCGCAAAUAAAAUGUCGUACAUUUAUAUAAAAAGGUGUCACACAGGUCAGGGUUGUGCAAAGCCAAAAUAAGUCGCAUGUUGCUGUGUAGACCCGAGGCUGAUCUACAAUAUCUAACAACCGAAACAGGUCAACGCUCUUGGGAAUUUACUAUCCGUGUCUUUUAAUAAUGUCUACAAUAGGAUUUACAUGUAUAAGAAUACCCGUGGGGGGAUCAUAAACCAGUAACAGGACAGUUUUUUCAUGACGAAUUUUUUUCAUUAAAAAUUAAAAAGUGGUAGCUUAGUUAUCCCUCAUGAUGAUGAAAAGGGCAACUCUAUACAUGUAUCUCGAUCUCUUUAGUCA